AUGCCUGCCAUUUCUCACUUACAGUCUCUGGGUUCCAGUCCCAUGCCCAACGAUGAACCAGAAAAGAAAAGAGGACAGGUCUCCCCGCCCCUCCCCGGGGAUGGGGCUGGCCGCCUAGUGCGUGCGCACGCGCGCUGUCACCCAGAGGCGUCUCGGUGUGGAACGCGGGCGGCUCGGAGGCACACCUGUGAGGUGUCCCCCUCAGGAGAGAGGGCCAGUGGGCGCGCGGAGUCUAGACCCGCUCCUCAGCCACACUUGGGAGCGAGUUGUCCCGUAGUAGCACUGCACAGUCCAGGCCGGUGCCGACUAGCAUCCCGCCCAGGUGAUGAGGACCUCCCUGAGUCCCCAGCACGCCAGGCUGCUGCUGCUGCCGCCGCGGCCGCCAGACGCCUCCGUUGUCUGACCGCCGCCAGGGCUCGGCUGGGAAAAACGAUCUACAAGUGCCCCAUGUGCAGGGAAUUUUUCUCUGAAAGAGCAGAUCUUUUUAUGCAUCAGAAAAUCCACACAGCAGAGAAACCCCAUAAAUGUGACAAAUGUGAUAAGGGUUUCUUUCACAUAGCAGAGUUUCAUAUUCAUUGGUGAGACCACACAGGAGAGAAGGUGUAUAAAUGUGAUGAUUACGGCAAGGAUUUUAGCACAACAACAAAACUUAAUAGACAUAAGAAAAUCCACACCAUGGAAAAGCCCUAUAAAUGUUAUGAGUGUGGCAAAGCCUUCAACUGGAGCUCCCAUCUUCAGAUUCACAAGAGAGUCCACACUGGUGAGAAGCUGUACAUCUGCAGUGAGUGUGGGAGGGGCUUCAGUAAAAGGUCUAACCUUUGUAUGCACCAGAGAGUUCACACUGGGGAGAAGCCCUUCAAAUGUGAAGAGUGUGGGAAGGCUUUCAGGCAUACCUCCAGCCUCUGCAUGCAUCAAAGAGUUCACACUGGAGAGAAGCCCUAUCAAUGUUAUGAGUGUGGGAAGGCCUUUAGUCAGAGCUCCAGUCUUUGCAUCCACCAGAGAGUACACAUGGGGGAGAAGCCCUAUAGGUGUUGUGGCUGUGGGAAGGCCUCCAGUCAGAGUUCAAGCCCCUGCAUCCACCAGAGAGUGCACACAGGGGAGAAACCUUUUAAGUGUGAGGAGUGUGGCAAGGCCUUCAGCCAGAGUACAAGCCUUUGCAUCCACCAGAGAGUACACACCAAGGAAAGAAACCACCUCAAAAUACCAGUUGUAUAA